AUGGCGGCAUCUCUCCGCCUCGUCCUCCUCGGGGCCUGGGCCUUCACGGCCCUGGGUCAGCAGUGUGACUGCAACCAAUGCUCCAACAUCCCAGCCGAUGAUUGGACGUCGCCAUGCUUCGAGAACUGCACCAUUACAGGGGACCCCCACGUGGAGCACAGUUGGCGGGUGGGCUACGAAGACGGUUUCGACUUCCAGCCCCAGGGGAUUUGGCGCCUGGCUAAGACGGAGACUUGCGGUGGCACUGUGGAGGUACAGGCCUUCUUUUGCCAGUACUUCUUCACCCGACUCAGCUCCGCCAUCGCCUACGCCAUCACUAUCAACGGCGGAGACAAGUACAUCGUGAAGAGGGUGGGCGACGAAUACGUGAUUGGCAGCCCCAAUGUCGAGAGUGCCACGUUGAAGAUCUUGAAAACUCCCGAGAUCGACCCUGCUGCGGGCGUGAUUAUCGUCAGCGAUGACAGCUGCGUGCGCAUCAAGAUCAACAGUCAGCCCUUGUAUGGAGGAGAGAGGAACUUGGCGUUGACCCCGAAUGCCUACUACAACAACAUUGUUGUCAAGAUUUGGGGCUGCGCCAUCACGACAGACGGCAUCUGCGGUGCCCAGAAGCUUUCCACCCAGUUCAUCGAUCCGGAGAGUGAGGACAACCUCUUCACCAC